CCUCCCUUGUAUCACUUAACUCCGCGAUUACGAAAGUAACAAAAAGAGAUUCAAGAAACCAAAUAUGGACUCACCAAACGACACCAACAUGGAGCCUCCACGCUGUGCAAAAGGCUGCGGCUUCUUUGGCUCUGUGACGAAUAUGAACAUGUGCUCAAAGUGCUACAGACAGUACCUGAAAGAAGAGCAGUUUGCUAAGCCUGCAGCCAUGGUAGGGUUAGCUUCAGUGGACAACACACUCAGUGACUCAAGCUCCGCUACCGCAGCCGUUAUUUCUUCUUUGCCUCCACAAUCUUCACAAGGUUCAUCAGAUUUAUCGCAGAAAAAGAGGUGCUUGAGCUGCAAGAAAAGGGUCGGCCCGACAGGGUUCGAGUGCCGCUGCGGCGGUGUGUUUUGUGGGAAGCAUAGGUACCCUGAAGAACACUCAUGCUGUGUGGAUUACAAGAAGACUGGGCAAUAUCUUUUGACCAAGCAAAACCCUCUUUGCAAGGGUGAUAAGCUGCAGUGGAGGGUUUAGAGUUCUAGGUGAACAACUUAAUUAUCAUAAUGUUUAGUUGGCAUAGAUAUAACAUUGUCUUUGUUAGUUUAAUUGCUCAAUUUCGAGUUUGUAAUUCUUUUCCUUUUGAUUUUAUGUCAUUGAUUAUAUAUUGAGACACAAUAUAAUUAUUUUAGUUAAUUGAAUUACAAUUAAAGUCGAGAUUUAAUUAUUAGAAAAUUUUUAUGCAUGAUGUAAUAUUUUUAUAAAAAAAAAAAAAAAAGAAAAAAAAUAGAAGACAUAUCAUCGGUACAAUAUUGAUAUUAUCCAUGAUGUAUCAAUACGUACACACGAAUAGUAUCGAUGGCAAACAAUCGGUCCCGUAGCCGGUAAAAGGACAUACUCGUACUCUCCAAAUACCAAG